AUGUAUCUAGUUAACACUGUCACUUCCACCCCGGUUCAUAGAAAGACAGGAUCUUGUUCAAAGGAUUCCAUAGUGACAAUGAGUACGCAGGACGAGGAAUUCUUCAAGUACGAUGAUCACCAGGAUUCCUUCCAGACCAGCGUAGAGUCUUCGCCUGGCCUGCUAGCUAGAAAGGAGGAUUUCUUCAAUAUGGGAUUUUAUAAGGGCCCCUCAGUUGUGUCUCAGAGCCAAAACCAAGAUAAGAACCACGUUGCUGAUUUGAGGCGCUCUUUGAUUCUUUCUUCAUCAGUAAACAGCUUCUCCUCGUUGAAAAACUCAGAGUCGUUCAAGAAUUUAGCCGUCACGGACACCAAGGAAACUCUGACUCAAAAGUUCACCAUCUCCACUAGUCCCAGUAUCAAAGCCUUAGAGGAGAUUGUCAACAAAAAGACCAGUGCCAAGAGCGAUAUCGGUAAGUCCAAUAGGAUAAGUGUCAUUUCUGAAGAGAUUUUAGACGAUGAUUUUGACACGCCCAUCCAUUCCAUGGAAACCCUAACACAACUCACACACGACGAGCCCGUCGAGAAGAUUGAUGUCGUAGAUGAUGCCGAAGACAACUUGGUUGAUCUGAUCGACUUGAAUAGCGAGGCUGAUGCCUCAGAAGUCGGUGCCGCUGUUGGUGUUGCUGUUAUCCCCGCUUUGACCGCUCCUCAAGAAAUAAGCUAUUUAGACCAAAGUCCAGUUGUUGUCCAAGAGGAGGACCCCAAAGACAAUGCCGAUUUGACACCACCACCAUCUAUUUCCAAUGCUGCCGCAUCUGAAUCAUCUUCCAAGUCCCAGAUUCGUUCUGUUAGCGCUUCUGUUUCUGAUGUAGAUAGCACGUCUUUUGUUUCUAUGCUAGAGGAGGCUGAACAGUAUGCGCAAACAUUCGGGGAACUUCCUACAAUAAAGGUUGUUCAGAAAACAACUGCACCAGAUAAUACUCCAGCAAGUCAACCACAACAGAAAUCCUUAUCUUCAGUGACAUUGCUAGGACUUUCUGAGCAGCCCACCGAGAAGGUUCUUCCGACUCCAAACCCCAUCGCCAAGUCAAAGUCUGUGACUGAUCUUACUUCUACAAAGAAGAAGAGAAUGAGCUUCAAACAAUUGUUUAAAUCGAAAAAGUCAGAGAUUAAAGAGCCAACUAAAGACAAGAAAAAGAAGAGUGUCUUUUCACUAACAAAAAAACAAUCCAAGGAAAAAGGUAAGAAUGCGUCAAAGACGACAAUCUCGCAGCCGGUUUCUGCAACCAAGAAAGAUGUCUUACCUUCAAAUAUACCUUCAGAAUCCACCAUUAGAACGACAAGAUCCGCUUCAAUGGCUGAUGUCUGUCGCCUUGAAUCACCGAACAAUUACAGGUUCCAUAACGCCUCAGUACAUGAUAUAGCAAGCGCUACUGCUACACCUGACACUAUCAACAUUGAAAACUUCGAUCUCCACUCAUGCACUUCCUCUCCCCGCCUUCACUACUCACCAAAGAACACCCGAUCUAUCUUGUCUGAAGAACAUAGCAUAGAAUCAGGGCUUGGUAUUAAUAUCGAAACGUUUGAAGAUUCAUUUAACUUGGGAGAGCCAGAAACUUCCAAUUAUUUGCAUGGUGGAGAGUCUAUUUUCCCUAAAUCUCUAGACCCUAAAGAGAUCGAAAGCAUCAAAUCUUUGGAGAGGUCGAGAUCCCAGAGAUCGCUGAAAGUGGGUAGUAUAAUGUCAAAACAAAGCAUCCAAAACGAAGAAGAGUUAGCAGAAUUUGCUGAUUUCAUCGAUUUUGGAGGAGACAUUCCAAUCGAUUUCGAUUUCGAUAUCAACUCCUUGAAUAGUGGAGAGAUUUUUGGCAGCGAUGUGAUCGAUGAAAACGACCUUCUGCAUCAAGACAGCCAACCAGAGCUAUUGCAAGAUGAAAAUCAUGAUCUUGUGGAAGAUUCUGUUGAAAAGCUGUCUAUUUCCAAAUCAAGAUCUCCCAAAUCGCCAGUCUUUGGUGGAUUUAUUCCAGACAACCUGGAUGAUAACGACAAUAGACCAAUUUCAAUGUCUUUCCGUGGACUAAGAGGACCAACUUGCAAAGAGUCAUCCUCCAAGUAUCUAAUUCCUUCCAACCAAUCGCACACUUCACUACUAAUGACAGACUCGGUAGAAGCUGUUUACAAACAACAAUGCAAUGUCAGAUUUAAUUCCAGAAUCAUUCUAUACGACACAUACACCGGACUAGAGUAUGAUAGACAUCCAGAGACAGCUACUUGCAAUAGGUUAACUCCUAUGCUCGCCCAACAAAUUAAAGAAGAACUGAACACAUUGAAGGCAGAGAUGGAGAUCCACGAAGAAUCACGUUGUUAUACGCACUUUUUUUAA